CCUAGAAGGGAGAAGUUGAAGUCCAAGAUGGCUUCUGGAGACAACGGCGGUCGGGCCCCGUGUUUAAAUUUUGCCUCUCCGGGUCCGCUGGGUAACAGUCAACCGAGCAACAGUAGUUACACUUUAGCGGCAAGCAACGGAGGAUCCAUCGGGGCGAGCGGAAGCUCACAGAGCGCGACGAGACGCUCAAAUCCCCAGCCGGGGCCUAACGGCUCCGAAAGCAGCGGUGUCGCCGCCGGGCUUCCGCCGAACAUGCGCAACUCUCUCCCGCAGGCCGUGGCGCAGGGCUCGGUCAUAGCGGGAGCGGUCGGGGGUUCGAUGGCGGCCGCGGUGGCGUCGAACAUGACCGGACAAGCGUCAAAUUCAGGGCCUGUCCCUACACCCCACUCCUCACUUUCUGCCCCUCCGGCUGCAGCAGCGGUGCUGGUUUACCGAGAGCCCGUGUAUAACUGGCAAGCGACGAAAAGUACUGUGAAGGAAAGAUUUGCGUUUCUCUUCAAUAACGAGGUGCUCAGCGACGUUCACUUUCUGGUGGGUAAAGGGAUGGGAGUGCAGCGCAUACCUGCUCACAGGUUUGUUUUGGCAGUUGGCAGUGCUGUGUUCGAUGCCAUGUUUAACGGAGGCAUGGCCACCACCUCCACAGAGAUCGAGCUGCCGGAUGUAGAGCCUGCUGCUUUCCUGGCCCUGCUCAAGUUUCUGUACUCUGACGAGGUUCAGAUCGGACCCGAGACUGUAAUGACCACUCUGUACACGGCAAAGAAAUACGCAGUCCCGGCGCUGGAGGCUCACUGCGUGGAGUUCCUGAAGAAAAACCUGCGGGCUGACAACGCCUUCAUGCUUCUCACACAGGCACGGCUCUUUGAUGAACCUCAGCUGGCCAGUCUGUGCCUUGAGAAUAUUGACAAGAAUACAGGAGAUGCUCUGGCUGCAGAAGGAUUCACAGAUAUAGAUCUGGACACCCUCGUGGCUGUGCUGGAGCGGGACACGCUCGGGGUGCGGGAGGUCCGGUUGUUUGGAGCGGCGGUGCGUUGGGCCGAGGCAGAGGCUCACAGGCAGCAGCUGCAGCCCACACCUGAGAAUAAGAGACGCGUAUUGGGGAAAGCUCUUACCCUGAUCCGCUUCCCUCUAAUGACCAUAGAAGAGUUUGCAGCAGGUCCUGCUCAGUCAGGCAUUCUGACAGACAGGGAGGUGGUCAGUCUGUUCCUCCACUUCACAGUGAACCCCAAACCGCGAGUGGAGUUCAUCGACCGGCCCCGCUGCUGUCUGCGCGGGAAGGAGUGCAGCAUCACGCGCUUCGCCCAGGUGGAGAGUCGCUGGGGAUACAGUGGGACCAGUGAUCGCAUCAGGUUCUGUGUAAACCGAAGGAUAUUUGUUGUGGGUUUUGGACUGUACGGGUCUAUACACGGACCCACAGACUAUCAGGUCAACAUCCAGAUCAUUCACACAGACAGUAACACAGUCCUUGGUCAGAAUGACACAGGUUUCAGUUGCGACGGGUCAUCGAGCACCUUCAGGGUCAUGUUCAAAGAGCCGGUGGAGGUUUUGCCCAAUGUAAACUACACAGCCUGCGCCACUCUUAAGGGUCCAGACUCCCACUACGGCACCAAAGGCAUGCGGAAGGUUACCCAUGAAUCUUCAGGAUCUGGCACUAAAACCUGCUUUACCUUCUGCUACGCCGCCGGCAACAACAAUGGCACUUCCGUCGAGGACGGGCAGAUCCCCGAGGUCAUCUUCUACACAUAAUGACCAUUGAGUUCUUCCAUGUUAAGGAGUUUUGGGCAGUGUUACAAACCGCUCACUAAUUGCCUUCCAGUUUUAUUAACAAAUCCAUAAGUGGAAGAGCUGAACUUGGUGGGUAAUGUAGUGGACAGCGGAGAUGUUUAGAGUCCUACACUUUCACCUGCACUUUCUAAAAAGCUGCACAGAGUUAAUCUGCGUGUUUGCUGAUUUGAGAAGGAGUCUACGUUCAUGUUGAUUAUUAUAGAACCCAUAGGCUGUGAACUAUUCACCAGCAGACUGACCUUGAUGCUGUCUAACUGGAUUGAAGAACUGUUAAUGCGUUUCCUGUCUUUAACAGCUCGUUCAGCAUCUCUUAAUUAGGGAAAACUUGAGGAAAAGGUUUUCUUUAGGUAAUCUGGAUUAGUCUAUUUUAUGCCAGCAGGGGGUAUGUGAGAUCAGGAUCUUGAAGCCUUUCUACGAGAAUGCAGGGGAAUUCUGGGUGCUCAUUGGGUCCCUUAUAUUUUGUGCCAAAACCUUGCACUUAGAGAAUACGUCCUUUACAGACAGUUAACUAAUGGUCAGUGAUGUUUAACAGUAACAGAAUCAACAUUAAGCCAAGCAUACAGCUCUGUAGAUCACCUUAGGCUGUUGUGUAAAUUGGGUCCUUCAAGGACGGAGCAUCGGCCCUCUGCUUUUGUCAGAUCUAAUGUAUUAAAUCUUCAACUCUGUGCUUCUCACUCACUUACCAUAUAAUCCAGUGAGUUCUCAUAGGCCACUCUCACAUAAUCAGCUGUUAAAAUUUCUGCUCGUGUGGUGAAAUUUCGCAUAUGUGAAAGUAAGAGCAACAAAUUUUUUUGUCUGUUGAAAAAAAAAAAGUAAAUGAUUUGACUUGCCUGGUUCAUAAUGUAAACGUGAGACUCUAUUUAUACUGGAUCCAUGGAGUUUUUGGGCAUUCUUUAUUCAUGUCAGUAGCGAGUGGUUCUUUCAUUAAUGUUUUAAAAAUAUUUAAAAACUGGAUUUAAUUUGUCUCCCCCCCCCCGUCUUUGUUACUGACACGAGUAUAGAAUGACUAAAUUUUGUUUAACCGGUCACCUCCUAGACCAAGCCUCUCUUUACACAUCUGUAAGAUACUCUGUCCGUCCAAUAACCUUUGUGCGAUUAUUGAAACAAACUGACGGGUACCCGAAUACCACACAACACAGAUGGCGUGCAAAGGACUGUUGCAAAGCACUUAUCGUUAAUGUAGCUCGACUGGUUCAGAACUGUUACUUUUUUUUUUUUUUUUUUUUUUUGCCUUGUCUGGUGAGAUUAAACCAAGGUUUGUUUUUUUUCUGUUUCUGUGUAACCAGCAUCAACCCGUAAAGUACUGACGUCUCACCUCAUGUGUGUGUACAAUGCUAUUAAAUAAAAAGGUUGUUCAAUGCAAGUGUUUAAAUUUUCUUGGACAGUUAACGUCUUGUAGGGUGAUCUAGGGACACAAUGAACACAAACUGCACAGGAAAAGGUUUUUUUUUUUUUUUUUUCUU